AUGAUGAAGGAAGAACAAGUUACUAAGAAAGAACAAAUAAAGGGGACAGAUUCGAUGGAUUAUUGUUUUAUUCAAUCUAUGAUGACACAAAAUGAGAAAGGAUUAAGGAUUAGUGGGAGCUUCAUCCCACAAGCGUACAACAACAUGGUGGAGGAACUGAAGCAAAAGUUUGGGGAGAGUUUAACGAAAAAUCAUUUAAAGAAUCGUUUGAAAACUUUAAAAUCAGGUUUCUCGCAAUGGUAUGACAUGUUUCGCGGAACUUCAUUGAGUGGGUUCGGUUGGAAUUCUGAAACACAACCAAUUGAAGCGGACGAGGAAGUGUAG